GUGCCCUAAUCACAGCUGUUCCGUGGUGGCAGCCUCUCACAGCCCCUCAACACUCCUUCUUUUCCCCCUCUGGCCCUUGGUCCUGAUCAAAAAUAAUGGAGGCUUGUCAGGAAAGCAGCCGUGCACCCACAAGUCCCCAGGCAGUUCCAGCUGAGGAUCAGCACAUUGACCUGACAGAAGACCUGGGCCAGCAGCUGGAGGAGAUCAUUAGCAGCUACCAGGCUGCAGAGAUUCCUGCUGAGCCAGAGGACACAGAAGAAGUCACGGUCAUCAAAGAGGCAGACACCCGCAAGGACCAGAAACUGGAGAAGAAGAUGCUCAAAAACCUAGGGAAGGAGGCCAUGCUGCUGAUGCAAAGUCUGAACAAGCUUGAUUCUCCAGAACAGAAGCUGGAAGCCAUCAUCAAGAAGCACGCUGAGUUGCUGGAGGAUCAUCGGAGUGAUCAGAAACAGCUGAAGGUUUUACAGAAGAAACUGCUCCAAGUUAUGAAGGAGAAGGAUCAGCUGCAGAGCGAGCACAGCCGGGCCGUGUUGGCUCGUAGUAAACUGGAGGGGCUCUGCCGAGAGCUGCAGAGGCACAACAAAACCUUAAAGGAGGAGACCCUGCAGAGGUGUAGAGAGGAUGACCUGAAGAGGAAGGAGAUAACCAAUCAUUUCCAGGGCACGCUCAGUGAGAUUCAGGCCCAAAUUGAGGAACACAGCAACCGCAACACCAAGCUGUGCCAGGAGAACAGCGCACUGGCCGAGAAGCUGAAGAACCUCAUUUCACAAUACGACCAGAGAGAGGCGAACUUGGAAAAAGUCUUCAAGCACAGAGAUCUGAAAGAAAAGCUGCUGGAAACCAAACUCACACAUGCAAACAUGAUACUGAAGGACGCGGAGGAUAAGCACAAGCUCGAAAAAGAGCAUCUGCUAAAACAGGCUGCAGAGUACAAAUUACAAGUGAAGGUCAUGAAGGAGCAAGAAAUCGAUAUGCAGGUCCAGCUCGAUAUGUACUCCAAGAAGUUUGAUGAAUUCCAGGGCACAGUAUCAAAGAGUAACAGUGUCUACAGCAGCUUCAAACAGGACAUAGACAAGAUGGCCAAGAAAAUGAAGAAGCUGGAGAAGGAGUGCCAGUCUUGGAAAGGUCGAUUUGACAGCUGCAACAAGAAUCUCAUUGACAUGGUGGCAGAUAAAGCGCUGAAGGAAAAAGAGUUUGAGCUCAUCAUCAUCAAGAACCAGAAGCUGGAAAAUCUUUGCAGAGCUUUGCAAGAGGAGAGGAAGAGUCUUCAUGAGAAGGUGCAGGCAGCUGGUCAUCCUGCAGACACUCACAAACCUGAUCCAAUAGAGACUCAGGGCCCCGAGGUGCUCGAGGUCAACAAAGACAGCUGCCCCAUUUCGGGUACUUCAGCCACUCCCGCUACCUCGCUGCUAAGCAAAGAACUGGAAAAGCUGAAAGCGGAGCAAGCUCGUCUGCAGGAGGUCGCCAGUUCUUUCACAAUCUCUCACAUUGUACCACCAGACACGAUCAUUAACCAAUCACAUGGACACGGUGAGGGCAGCCAGGAGACGGAAGAGCAUCAUACAGAGGAGCACUAUGGCAAACCAGACCACGAAGGCGAACAGGACCAAUACCAGGAUCAGGAUCAGGCUCAGAGAGAUUUGGAAAUGGAGUCAGUCGAUUAAUGUGGAAACCACAGUGAAAAUAAAUGUGCUUCACAUGAGACUCCGCAAUAAAAAGAAGAAGAAAAAAGGCUUUGCUGUCUCUCUUUGUUCCUGAUAUUUCAGGUUAAAAAUAUAUACAAGAUACAAAGGUUUUUUUUUUUAGCUUCUGUAACAGCAUGACAGUGACUACUGAGCAUUUUUCCUGCUAAAGAUUUGCCACUAACACUCAAAUUUUAAAAGGGAAUUUGAAAUGUUUUGGAUGGAACACACAAUAAUUUAAUUUCUUUACUUAGCCUUAAUAGUUAUUAUAUAGAUUAUGUCAAUUUU